AUGGUCAAAUUUUAUAAAAGUAGCUAUUAUUACGAGUAUUCUUGGCCUAUUGUGACACUAGCUUGGUUUUUAAGAUAUCCUAAUCCUUAUUCAAAACAUGUUGUAUCAGUAGAUGUUGUUGAUCGUUAUGUUGAUAAUCAAGGUUGUCUUCGAACAACUCGUUUAAUUUUGAAAGAUGGGAAAUUACCUAAGUGGGGAGCAAAACUCUUUAAGAUUUCUCAGAGUUAUAUUCUUGAAGAUUCUAUAGUUAAUCUUGAAUCAAAUGAAAUGCAUACAUUUAUUCGUAAUCUUGAUCAUACAAAAGUCAUGAAAGUGGUUGAAAACCAAACAUAUUCUGUUUCUCAUAACAAUUCAUGCCAAACAUUUGUAAAUGUUACAGCACAAAUUAAAAGUUCAUUUGGCUGGGGUUUUACAAAUAAAAUUGAGAAGUUUGGAGUAAUUAAAUUUUCUAAAAAUCUUAUAAAUAGUCGGGCAGGUAUGACACAUGUUUUAAAGGUUCUCCGUGAUAAUGGAUGGGCAAAACAUAAUAAUAUGUUUGUUUGA